AUGAUUACCGACAGUCAACUUUACUCGCUCGCCAUCUUCCUCGGAAGCGCUGCUAUGCUGCUCAUCGUUCUAUACCAUUUCCUCGAGGUCAACUCAGACGAUCACAAGGUUGAGGAGAAGCCCAAGGCUGCGGCUGGCAAGAUCAAGGCAAUGUUGUUGCAUGAGAACGGGCUGUGUGAGGGACCAAGGAUAUCAAUUGCGAAUCAGGGAGAUGCCCAUCAAAUGGAAGCAUGGAGUUCUGGCGUACGCAAUAUGGCGAACUAA